CGGGGACAAUACCAACUGUGGCUACUGUAGGUAUCUGUGCACUCUAUACUGUGGUCGAGUAUAAUGCUUACUCGACUCUUCACUGGGUCGUACAAGCACAGGUGGUAAUCUAUGUGAGGAAUAGUCCGUGGGGUGGCAGGAAUACACUGGUCAUCGUCCACAGGGACUGGCCGUACACAGUGUCUGAGGUGCUGUGCGGAGCGUCACUCACGUCCAGGAACACAACGCCCCCCUUAUUCCUCUCGUGCAACUCCAAAAGAUUGCGGAUUGAGGGCCUGAGCAGAUUCUUCUUCUUGCCCUGGUCUGGCUCCAUCAUCACACAAGUAUUGACGCCUCAAUAUGCCAUAAUAUGCACAGUCCAGGGCAUAGCUGGCCAUACUGGGAGAAAUAUUGAGGGGAGGGGGUUAGGUACUUGGAGGUACACGCCCACACAUCGCCCCCAUGCUCCCCCCACCCUUGUCACCUAUGCGGAUGCGGUCCGGCUCAUCUCUAUCGACGAGUAGCAGCCCGCUACGGGUGCGUGCUCCCUGUAUGCCUGUCAAUCGCAUCGAAGAGCUUGCCACUAACAACACAGAGCACACUGCUGUAGCCGCUCUGCUCAGACCGCGAUGUCGAGAGCACCCGUUGCGACGAGCCACUCGCUCCGUCGUCAGCGACCGGCGUCCCAAUAUCCCCCAGCAAGGCAUAACGUACAGUGCUCCAGCCAGUACCGUACCAUACGAGAUCUACGCUUUGCUCCGACUCGCGAGAAGCGCCCUGCUUUGGGCGACUGCAAUCUAACCAGCCACCGAAGUGGAAGGCCCAUCCCGGCCGCACACUGGUCGUGGUCCGCCGUUGGCUCUUAGUGGCUACUGCGGCGACGGCUUUCUCAUCCUCGGGCUCUUCAACGUUCUGCGAUUCUCGCAAGACUCACCAGCACAGAAGCAACAACUUCUCACCACCCUCCAAACACCACCUUUACAACGCAGACGACUCUCUGCAACGCUUUAAUUUACCAACUACCUCUAUCUGCAGCCAGCGCAUGAGUUCGACGCCUGGCAAUAACUCCAUGUGACGACUGACAGAGGCGGGCGACCACAUCCAAAGCCCUGUCACUGCAGGACAAGUCGCACAACAAGCGAGGCGGCCAGAAGACCGGGCACCACCACCCGCCCGCACGCUUCCACCGUCGCCAUGUCCUCCGGCGGGCAGCUCGCGCGCAACCGCGCGCUGUCGCUCGGAUCGGGGCGCUCCUCCAAAGGCGGUCGCGCGGCCUCCAUGGCCGACUUCAGCAUGCCGGACUCCAAGCUGGCGCGCGAUUUUGAGCCCAGCGACGCCACCGCCUCCAUGUUCCUGUAUGCGCAAGGGAACACGGUGGUUUGCGCUCACCACGAUACGCUGACUAUUGAGCGCCGCUUCUCGAGGCAUAAAGAGGAGGUUCUGAUAUUGGCCGUGGAUAAUGUGUCUGAGAGGGGAGCAGGGAGGCUGGUUCUGAGCUAUGAUGCUGGGCAGACGGCCAUUGUGUGGGAUUUGAUGACGGGCGAUGAGGUGGCGAGAUUUGCGUCGUACAAUUCGCUAUCUGUGGCUGCGUGGAUGAGGAAUGGGAAUGUGGCGUUUGGAAAUGCGCAAGGAAAUGUGAUACUAUUCGAACCGUCGACGUCAGAACAUAUCUCGGCGAGGACGAUAGACCAGGUUCCAAUUACUGCGCUUGCACCAUCGGCGGAUUGUCGGACAUAUGCCAUUGGUUAUCAAAAUGGAAGCUUAUUGAUUGCUUCACUACAACCGCGAUUUACCAUACUACAUAACUUAACUACCUCAAGAGCACCGUCUCCAAUUGUCACCCUUGCGUGGCACGCAUCCUCCUCGCGGCAAAAAUCGGACAUGCUGGCAACUCAGACCCACGAUGGUGACCUGCGCGUCUGGAGCAUCGCGAAGUCGCCUUCGAGUAAUGACGCGGCCAAGGUCGUACGAGUUCUCAGGAGGAGUGAGAAUUCUAUACCGGGUCCGAACUGGCUCGCCUGGUCGAAAAACGGUCGCAUUAUCCAGUAUUCCGAGGGAGAGACAUCAUCAUGGGAUGUUCGGACGAAGAAUGUCACAUAUGAGACUGUACCUACUCUGGAACAUGUGAAAGGUAUCGCUAUCUACGGACCAGGGGCUACCCUUUUCACCCUUGGACGGAGUAACACGGCGCAGCAGUUCGAUCUCAAGUCGCCCCCUGUGCUAGUAGCCAAUGUCCAGCACCCGGCAAAUCUCUUACCCCCCUCUCCGCCUGUCUCCAUCGAGGAGCAGCAGAAGGGCAUAGUGGCGAGCUCAAGCUCCCUGUCGGAGAUUCCAAUCAAUGUUGAUGUCUCAGAGAGCGACGAGGAUCACAUGUCUCCGCUGGCAAGGAUAGCGAGGGAGAUGGACAAGCUGGAGGAGCGACAGCAGUACGGCCCUGACCGGAGUGGAACCCUGAGCCCCGCGUCGAGCGCCGCAUCGUCGACGUCACGGUCCUCGGCAGGGUCUCGACCAGCCCGUCGACACGGCGGCUCCGUCUUAUCCAAGGGCUAUAGCGACCACACCCUCAUGUCGCCAGGGUCCUCCCUCCACUCCCGCGAGCCCUCCAUCCUCUCCAGCCGCGACAGCUACUCUGUCAGCAGCGUGAGCUCCUCGCAGAUGUCCGGCCGGUCUCGCCCUCGCGCCUCUCGCCUACGCCAGGAGGUCCUCCGUAGCCCCGAAGACAAGAUCGUCGUCGACCUUUUCAAGUUCACCAAGAGCCGUCUCAGCGACAUCCCCUACGCACACCCACAGGUGCCCCAGAACAAGGGAAUGUCUCACCACGAGCUGCGCCGCCAGAUGCUCAAUACGAUCUUUGGGUGGAAUGGUGAGGCGGAUGAUCUCGUUCGCGAUGAGCUGAGUCGCCAUCCGAUGGGCUCCCCGAAUCGGCUGCUGCUGACAAAGUGGCUGGGCGACAUUGAUACGGAUAUCAUGGCCACGAGCUCGGAGUCUAUGACUGCCAGUGAUUGGAUGUUGCUUGCGCUCAGUGGGAUUGGUGGGCAAACGUCGCAGCAGAAGGUAGCGCGAGCAUACGUUCAGCGGCUACUAGAAAAGGGUGAUGUGCACACGGCAGCAACGAUCAUGAUUGGAAUGGGCGACCAGAACGAUGCCAUCGAGAUCUACGUCUCGCACAAGUGCUAUAUGGAGGCGCUCAUUCUUACGUGCAUGGUGUACCCGGCUGAUUGGGGUCGCCAGACUCAGUUACUCCGUAAAUGGGGAGAGUGGGCCGUCCAGCAUAGCCAGCAGCAGCUCGCCAUCAGGUGUUUCUCGUGUACGGAAGAGUCGCCGGCUGAGUCGUCGUAUGGGUCGCCCAACGCGCAAUCCCUCACAUUCUCACCGCUCAACUCGAGUAUUCCUGAGAUGCUGAGCCCACCACUAUCACCACCAGGUGUAGUUCCGCGCGGCCCGCAGCGCAAUAUGGCCAAGACUGCGGCGCUGAAGCUCGUAACAACAUUCGGGGAGAAAGGUUCAACCAAGUCCAAGUUCUUUGGCGGGGAGGACGAGAGGACGCCAAUGGGUAAUGUUGGGACUCCGAUCGCAGAGUCAGCACUAUCGCCCAGCGGCGACGCAUCAACUGCAUUUCUCCGUCCUAGACAGCAGAGCACCCUGAACACCCCGGCGUCAGCACGAACAGCUACACCCGGUGGAUACCAGAGAAACCGAUUGCCCUCCAUCGGUGAGAUGCCUACCGACGUAACGCCCAUCAUCAAGAUGCCAACGGUCACCAUGCCCACACCCCGCGACCAAACCGCCAACGACGCCAUCGCCUACGCGCACGCACGCAAGUCUUCCCAACCCGAGACCAUCCAGCUCAGUGCCACGACGUACCAGCCUACCUCGCGCGCUGCCACCGCGAGCCCCAUGAUGCAGCGCAUGGUACGCACCGCGAAUCCGCUGCCAUCGCCCUCCCCGGACAACUUCACGGAGAUCAAGAAAGAGAGCCGCGCGCGGAACGGGUCGAGGGGACGCAAACCCGAUGGAUUGCAGAUUCAGUGGCCACCGAUGGAGUCGAUUAUCACAGGGGAUUAUAUGACGACGCCUGAGUUGUCGGGGCCAAGUAGACGCGCGACGCCCUCAGCGAGGUCGGUUACAGGGUCGGUGAGCUCGGCGGGAGCAUCGGCACGCAGCUAUAAGAGCCAUGGCAGGGCUGGGGAUGCGAGCCCUAUGACAGGACGCAGUUUGGACCCUUAUAUCAGCAGCUUAGAUUCCGCCACUCACUACGCCAAGCAGAAGGCCAAGCAGGAGCGCCAGGCGAGCCGUGACAAGAAGUCUCGCGGUCGUAGCAGCAGUGCCACGGGCAAGGGGCGCGAUGCUUCGCUCGAGCGCGGAAGGAGUGGAGUGCGUUACAUCAAGCCCGCCAAGCGCUCGCCGACCUCGCCAGUUCCCAUGUCACCUGAGGAUUUGCGCGAUCUAGGCGCUAUCGGUUUCGGUGAUGAGCCAGACUCGUACUCCGUAACGUCCAGCAGGCAGAAAGGCCGCGAUGGGAGCCAAGCCACCGCACGCCCAGGAUCAAAAUCCUCAAGCCGCAUCCGUAGAAUGUCUCCCGAACCCCUCAAGUUCACUGACAGUCGCCCGGGAAGCAGACUUGCAAACAGACAGGCAAGCCGCCGCGCGAGCCCCGACGCCAGCCUGAAUGGGCGGGAUGGUCGGGGAAGGAGCAAGGCCCGCGAUGGGUCUCUGAUGAGGUCUCCAUCGUCGCCGCUGCCGAUGUCGUCGGAGGCUGCGAAAUACCGCCGCGAUGAAGACGAUAUGGAUGAUACCAGGUCAGCGUUCUCGAAUAGAGAGCGCCAACGCUCUCGCCAGCGUAGUGCUUCGCGCCAACGUGAGCGGGCGUCGAGUCGUCAACCAUCGCCAAGAAGGGAACGUAGGGAUAGAUCGACGAGCCGCCAUACGAAUGGGCGUAGCAGCACGAAGCCGGAGGACCAACAGCGUCGUAGACUCCGCAGCGUAUCGCACGCACGCGCCUCGUCGGAUUUGAAGGUCGGUGACUUGUCGCAAAUUAAGACGGAGCGCCAGCUCAAGAAGGAGGCCGCAGCGCGAGAACUUGAAGAGCGACGCCGCUCCCUAGCUCGCCGGCCCUCCGCACCACCCAUCCUUCACCCAGAGCAGCUAUCCCCGCCUUUGCCGCGACCAAACUCGCGCUCCGAGUUCCUGCGCAGCUCGACGUACCCGUCACCCCGUGACCUGCCACCGCGCAGUCAAACAGUCGAUCCCGAGAUGCAGCGCGGGUCACCCCGUGGGUCUCCGUACAUGUAUGGCCACAACCGCUCGCAGUCUACUGUGCACCAGUCGCCGACAUCCGUCGCGAUUGGGCUACCAGCCACGCCAAAGGCGAUGCAGCACCCGAAAUUCGACCCAGAAGGCAAGGACGUUCCGGACGUCCCACAGAUUCCAGAGAGCUACUCGCCCAUCCCACAACUCUCAAUGGGCAGUCUCAACGCCAUGGCCUACGCUCCGGUUGAGGACUAUGCGCCACUCCCACAAACUACAUUUGCCCCUCUCCCAAAAACUACCUACCAAGCUGGCCCCCGCCACAUCCCCCCGCGCAGCAUGUCCGCCCCCAUCCCCGAGGAACCAAUCUCCCCGCGCGCUCUCCCCUCCGCACUCCCUACUCACCCGGCUUUCCACGCCGCCCUACCCCCCUCCGCACGCCGCCUCAACAACCCCUUACAAGACUAUCGCGCUUCCAAUGCCCCGGCAGCCCGCAAGGUAAACCCUAGCACCGACGCCACCCCAGGGACUCUCGGGUACGGCACUUACGGUAUGGGCGGGAUCGACGCCGCAUUGCACUCUGGCCCGGGGUCUAACAACAUGAUCCCCCCUCCGCCUCCACCACCUCCCGCGCCACCGAUCCUCAGGGAGUUGAUGCAUCUUGCGCAACCCCCUCCUCCACCGCCAGCGCCACUUUACCGCUACGGCGCAGCGGCGGACACGAAUUCCCUCGUUUCGGGGGUAAGCCUAACGAGUUCGGGGAGCGGAGUUAUUGAGAUCGUGAUGGACGAUGAGGAUGCCUCACCAGAGCACUCGCCGAAGCACUCUCCGAAGCACUCGCCGAAGCAUAUCCCUCACUCCCACCAGCACCCGCCUCCACCACCGCCACCUCCUGCUCCUCCAGCACCGGCGGCAGCGAUGCAGCAAGUGCCCCAGCCAGGGGGCCCACCGGUGUCCAUGAUGCGCCACUCCGUAGCUCAGUCCCUCGAUGGACCUGCGCGGGGCCACAACCGCGGUAGAUCGGGAAAUGAUAACUCCCUCAGUGGCCGCAUCCGCAGUGCCACCGAGCGCAUGCGCAGCGCGUCCCGUGGCAGGAAUGGGCAGAAUGAAAAGAAUGGGAGGACAAUGAGUCCACCGAUGGAGGUGAGUCCGUAUGAGAGCUUGGCGCCCCAGGCGUGGGAGGGGCCGGGAGGUGGACAGGGGAGAAAGAUGAGUUUGGGUGCGCAGGGAGGAGAGAGGAUGAUGGGUUUGGGCACGCCGGGUGGAGAGAGGAAGAUGAGCGAUGGUGGGAUACAGGGGGAGAGGCGGGUGGAGAGGCACCCGAGGGAGGUGGCGUCGAGUAUGAUGGAGGGGGGAAUGAUUUAGGUGCAAGGCACAAAUGAGCCGCCACGCAUCGACCGAAUCUCCGUCGGUCCGCCAACCAGUCCCUCAAUUUUAUCCGCGCCGCAUAGCUCGAUCGAUCGGAUCAUUCGUACAUACUUCUUCUCAGCGAGCGACGGGUUAUUUUUGAUACCUUUUUUCUUCACUCACCCCAGCCUUUGAGCACAGGGGUGACGAACGACAUUUAUGACAUAUACCUUCUUGGAGAUGGAGAGUUUAUAGAGCGGGUGGGUUGGUGAUUGUACCUUUUUUUUUUUGAGCGACAGGAGUGAAAUCGAUGGACAAAAGCACGCACAAGUUCAAGGACGAGGCAAGGCAGAGUCAGAGUCAUUGGGAUUGGAUAGGAGGCGAAGGGAAAUGGGGGAAUUUAUAUAUCGUUACAGGGGACUGCCUCACGGCAAAGAAGACUUCUUCUGGGGGGUGUUUACAGUUGGGGCUUUUCUUUGCUGGUGGAUGAUGGGAUUUAUUUUGGUAGGAAUGGGGGAGUAUAGUAGCGUAGUGUGAUUAGUUGCUAAUUUGAGGC